GUGGGCGGUGGUAGAAGGAGAAGGCGCCAUUUCGAGUGAGCUGAGGCCGGGCUGGGGCUGAAGGGGCUUUAAAUCGAGUCUCAGGCCUCGGGGAGAGGCCUAAUCGCGGGGUUUAUCGCCACCCAAAGCUCCCUACGCCCCCCUGUCCCCAUCUGGAGGGGACAUGGCGGCCGGAGAGGGCAUUGAAUUCAAUUUCCUGCUCAACGACAUCUCCCAGAACCUGUCUCAGGAGGAGCUGGACUCCAUGAAGUUCUUGUGCAAGGACAUCGGCAAGAGGCGGCUGGAGAAGCUGAGCAGCGGCCUUCAGCUCUUCCAGGCCCUGGAGGAACAGGACAAGCUCUCCAAGGAGGACACCCAGUUUCUGGCCAAGCUGCUGAGCAACAUCAAGAGAUCUGACCUGGAGAAGAAGCUGGCAGCAUUCCACAGGGGUGGGGGUCACCUCCAGCAACCCACCUGUGAAGUUGGUCCAAACUCCCAUGAUCUGAAUGUUGCGAUCGACACCAUUUCUGAUAACAUUGGAAAAGAUUGGCGGAAUCUUGCGAGGAAACUUAGAAUCACUGAGGCUCAGCUGCAACAUAUUGAAUACAAUUACCCGCAUGACAUGAAGCGUCAGAUUGUGAGCGCUCUGACAGAGUGGCAGAGAAAUAAAGGGUCGGAUGCCAGUGUGGACAAUCUGGUCGCUGCCCUCCGCAGCUGCAGGCUUAACAUGGUGGCAGACACGGUCGAAGAAGAAGUCAAUGAGAGCAGGAAGCCGGAGAUCUUGGUGUUUGAUGCAGACCUUGCAGAGCGAUGGCGUGUGUUUGAAGAGGAUUUCCCAAUCUGCAUUGAUGCAGCGUAUCCAGCUGCUACCCCUGCUCUCCGUGAAUCAAUCCUACUAAAUUUGGCAGGCACUGAAGCUGCUCGACGUGCCAGAAGAUUCAACUAUGCACCGGCUGGAGUCGACACUAAUGGUGUACAUAUUCCAGCAGAGUCUGACCGUGAUCCUGUAUGUAUCCUACGUAAAUUCCGACAACUAUGUGAGUUACAAAUUAAUGUGAGCAUUGAACAAUAUAAACUUUUUUCAAUGUGUCAAAAACAAGGAGAACCUGUCGAGCUAUAUGUCAGUGCACUAAAACAUGUUGCUAGUCGAUGCGAUUUCAGAGAAAUUGAAAGUAGUUUGAUACAUGGCAUAUUGAAUGAUAAACUACGCAAUGAAUUGUUGCGAGAAGUUUGCCUGACCUUAGAAGCUGUUGAAAACCGCUGUCGUAUAGCUGAAUUAACCAAUGCCCACAUUAAAACACUGACAUGUUCUGCUGCUCGUGAAGUCAAUGCAGCCAGCGUGCCUAAGCAAACUACUGCUCGCCCGUUCCAGGGGUCAGUUAACAGCCCAAGAUGGAUUGCUAAUUGCUUUAAUUGCGGCAGUUCACACACUGCAGUUCGCAACCGGUGCCCUGCGUAUGGAAAACUCUGUAGAUUUUGCAAUAAAAUAAAUCAUUUUGCAAAAUGCUGCAGGUCACGAAGCAACAGAUUUCAAACGAGACAGUCUGUCAACUCCUUAAACCAGGAUGAAUAUCCAAGCUCCGAGUUCGCACAAAUAGACGGAGAUAGCACAGGGAUUAAUGUGCAUGCUUUGUCUGGCUCAGCAUCCAAACUGGAUCCCAAGGUCGGAUUGCUCAUUAACGGCAAAACUCUUUAUCUUAAAGUUGAUAGCGGGGCUCGCUGCAAUGCAAUUUCGCAGGCUGUCUUCCAACAGAUGCAAAACACAGAAAUGCUAACUCAGACGACUGCAUCACUUGUCUCAUUUAACGGUGCUCCACUACACCCUAUCGGCCAAGUAAAGUUGCGUUGCCGUCUCAACGCGCGUGACCACAUCCUGGAUUUCUACGUGGUACGCGAGAAGGUACCAUCCAUACUGGGUGCCGAUGCAUGCCAUGACAUGGGUUUGAUUUCCUUCAGCCCUUCAGUCUGUCCACUAACGAGAGGCUGUGAUUUUACACAUCACAUUUUAACCCAAUACAAGGAUUUGUUUAACGACGAGCUGGGCAGGUUGCCUGUGAGAUACACAAUUACUAUUGACCCUGAGGCAAUCCCAGUUAUUCGUCCGGCUCACAGGAUUCCCCAUGCUAUGCAAGAUCGUGUACAAAGUGAACUUAACAGAAUGGUGACUCUGGGUGUGAUUACUCCCGUAACUGAACACUCAGACUGGGUCUUCUCAAUGGUCGUCGCUACUAAGAAGAAUAAAGAUGAGAUACGGAUUUGUAUUAACUCCAAGGACUUAAAUACAGCAAUUAAGAGACCACGUUAUCCAAUGCGCUCUGUGGACGAGAUUGCGGCACAGAUGGCUGAAGCAACUGUAUUCACAGUGCUAGAUGCCAAGAGUUCAUUCUGGCAGAUUCCACUGGAACAUAAAUCCUCCAAGCUGACAACUUUCAGUACUCCAUUCGGACAUUAUAAAUUUUUGAGGAUGCCUUUUGGUAUAAGUUCUGCCAGUGAAGUAUUUCAACAAACCAUGGAGCAAUUGUUUGCCGGAUACCCAUGCUCCAUUGUAGUGGACGAUAUCCUCAUUGCUGGAAAAACGAUCGAGGAACACGACGCCAAUCUGACAAAAGUAAUGAAGCGUGCUGAUGCCAUCAAUCUCAAGCUCAAUCCCCAAAAAUGCAGAUUCAGAGUGAAUGAGGUCAAAUACCUAGGCCAUAUUUUUACCAAGGACGGCCAGAAAACUGACCCAGCGAAAACCAGUGCUAUUAACGAGCUUCCAGCACCCACGGAUGUGCCCAGCUUGCAGAGGUUCCUUGGCAUGGCUAACUAUUUGAGCAAAUUCAUUCCAGAUUUCAGCAAAAUAUCAGCCCCAUUGCGCCAUCUCACACACAAAGAGUCUGCUUGGACCUGGCAUAAGCAACAACAGGCAGCAUUUGACACUCUUAGACGGCAGAUGUCGGCCACCCCUACUCUAGCGUACUUUGAUCAUAGACUGCCCAUUACACUUACAUGUGAUGCCUCACAACAUGGCCUGGGCGCGGCAUGCCUUCAGAAUGAUGGCCAUGGCAAUAAGCCUGUCGCCUAUGCCUCGCGCACCAUGUCUGACACAGAACAACGAUACGCCCAAAUCGAAAAGGAGUUGUUAGCGGUUGUUUUUGCCUGCAAAAAGUUCAACGAUUUCAUCUUUGGCCACACAGUUACAAUUGAAACCGACCACCAACCUCUGAUCAGCAUUUUCAAUAAACCUGUUCAUAACUCUCCAGCGCGCCUACAACGGAUGUUACUACAACUUCAAAAAUAUGACAUCGUCCUGACCUACAAACGUGGUAAGGAUAUGCACCUGGCGGACACUCUUUCACGUGCACCUCGGAAGACCUGCGAGGAUCUGCCCUCACAGGAUGAUGAUUUUAUCGUGAUGACUGCAUCCUUCAUCCCUUCAUCAUGGAUGGAGGACCUGGUUGCCUACACUGCCACCGACAAGACCCUACGGUCGCUAACUUCUGUCAUUAAGCGCGGCUGGCCAGACAAACACUAUAACGUUCCAUCGCCAGUCCGACCAUUCUUCCCUGUUCGAGAUGAGCUAGUGCUACAAGAUGGCAUUGUUUUAAAGGGACACAAGGCCGUAGUUCCUGUUUCGCUGCAUCACCGGUACUUUGACGCUGUUCAUGCAGGACACCCAGGUGCCGAGGCCACUGUUUCACGGGCGAAAAGCAUGUUUUACUGGCCUGGCAUGGCCGAAUACAUCAUUGAAAAUGUGGCAGCUUGUGCUGUAUGCAAUAGCCUGGCACAUCAUCAGCAAAAGCAACCACUUCUGCCACAUCCUGUACCUGCGCUCCCAUGGUCUACAGUGGCCGCUGAUUUAUUUGAAUGGCACGGCAAGCAGUACCUGGUGCUCGUGGAUUCGUAUUCAGGAUGGUUCGACAUUGAUUUUCUCAGCAGCCCCACGUCCAGUGGUGUGAUUUCGAAAUUAUCUCAUCAUUUUUCCAUUCACGGAUCUCCAGGCAAGCUGCUGACUGACAAUGGCAGUCAGUUUACCAGCCAUAAAUUCAGAGAGUUUGCCAGACGCUGGAAUUUUCACCACAUCACCAGCAGCCCUGAAUAUCCACAGUCUAACGGGCUGGCUGAACGGGCUGUCAGAAGUGCAAAACAACUCAUGGAACGCUCUCACAGGGUUAAAUCUGACGUAUUCCUGGAUUUACUCAACUUACGCAACAUUUCCCAUGACCCUGCCUUGGGUUCACCUGCUCAACGAUUAUUGUCAAGGCAGACCCGUACCCCGCUGCUCGUAGCAGAGCAAACAUUAAUCCCACAUGUCUUUCCCCGUAAGGAGGUUCAAUCCAGGUCGCAAAAGAAGCGUGACGCUCAAAAGAAAUGGUUCGACAAGAAGAGUAGGCCACUGCCACCAUUGACCAAAGGACAGGUGGUCCGCUUACAGACUGACAAAGGCCAUGACUGUAUUGGGGUAGUUUCAGGUCCCGCUUCAGUGCCACGCUCGUACAUUGUUAGAGCCAAUGGCGGCACCUACCGACGCAACAGACAACAUCUUCUGCCUGUGAACGAGCCAAUCCCUCCUCCUUAUUAUCCGGAUCGUACAAGUUCAUUUCAAUCUGCAUCUGGUGACCCUCGCAUGCUCUUGCCAGCACAACAAUCCAUGCCUGUGACAGUUCCAUCUUCGCCUGCGCCACAGCCUCCUGCUUCGACUCCAGGGACGCUGGGCCACUCAUCCACGGUGCUGAAAUCGCCUGCUCUUUCCCCAGAGAAAAAGAAUGGAGAUGGCUUCUAUUGAACAUGUGCCGGUCAUGUUUGAAGGCCGGUCGUGAAGGAUCCGGACUAUGUAUGGCUUUCCACCAGUCUAUCAACGGUUGUGAUAUUUGCUCUGCUUAGUUAUGGGUAUACAUCGUUAUUGAUUCUUUAAGAGGGGGGAUGUAGAUUAGUGGCUCAUGCUAUGAGUCAUGCAUUUGUAGUUACGCCCACUGGCUUGUUAGUGUCGCUGUCUGCUGCAUUCCGUUAGUCAUAAAGUGAAAAGUUGUAUUGCUUAUUACAAAUAAACUCUAUAUAACCUGACAUGGUGUGAGGCCA